AUGAUGGUUGUCUUCAUUCUCCUCGCCCUCCCAACUAUAAUGGACGUCUUUCCAUCUGCCAAGGCCACCCCAGAAGACCAAAUCCUCUUGACACAACGCGUAACAGCCAUUAUCCUCGUCAUUCUUCUCCUCACGUUCCUCGUUUUCCGCCUCGGAACCCAUGCAGCCAUGUUCGCCAGCACCCCAUUCAGCCAGCGAGACCACACCCAUAGAGGCCAUCAGUCUCGCCAAAGCCAGAUCAUCGAGGGCCGGAUCCCGCAACCGUAUAUCGGCAAGGAUGCAGCUGCUAUAAUCCUAGCAGCUGCAUCCGGCUCUGCGCUUGCGUGUGCUUAUUACAUAGUCAGCAGUUUGAGUGGCGUUGCUACCAUAACGGGCAUGAACCAGUCUUUCCUUGCCGUGACACUCGUUCCUCUACUCGGGAACUCGGUUAAGUACCGCUCCAUUGUGGUGGGGUCCCGGUCUUACAAUCAGAUCGAGCUUGGGAUCAGGGCGGUUAUCAACAAUGUGUUGCGGGUUACAAUGCUUAUUGCCCCACUGCUGGUUCUUGUUGGUUGGGCUUUUGAUCAGCCGCGUAUUCUUAGGUUUGAUGGUUUUGAGGCUACAACGCUUUUGCUUAGUGUUGUGGUAAUAACUUAUCUAAUCUCUGAUGGGCGGAGUAAUUACUUCGAGGGGUUGAUGUUGAUUGGAACGUGA